GGUGUGCUUCUGCAUUAGCUAUCCUUCCCUUUUUGUUGAUGUCCCUCUGGAGCCCUCAGGGGUAAGUAUGAAACGUCUUGGGAGGCAGCCCUGUUUGCAGACCUGAGCACUGUGCAGGAGCAGCCCAGGCCAUGACUGAGUUGUGCCUGGCAUCCUGGGGAGUAAGGCAAGUGCACUGACAUUGUGCUGGGGCCCAGAUUGCUGCAGGGACGGCACAGCGUCAGCUUUUGGUGUCUGUCCAGGGCUUAGGCUUUUCCUUAGCCUUUGUUCCAGAACAUUGAGGUGACAGUGGAAAUGUUUCUGCUGUCAGAAGGAAAACAUAAUUAGGAAUGGCUUUUCAUUAGGAUGCUGGAGAUCUGCCUUUCAUGUAAGGUAAUAAGAGCCAAGUAAUUCCAGAAGAACAGAAGGGAUCAUUUUUAGCAGUCAUUUUUUAAAACAGCAUCUGUUUUGCCAAAUAAUUCAUGUUCAUUUUUUUUUAGUUGGAAAAGACAAAAGCGUAAUAAAAAGAAUGACUCCUCUUAACCCCACUGUGUAACAAUAACCAUUGUUAACACUUUGGAGCUUGUUCACCUUUCAGUUUUUACAUAUGUACCUUUUUAAAUGAAACUGCGAUGGUAACAAUAGCAAACCUUUACUGUAACCAUUCUCUUUACCAGGAAUUCCUUAUGCACUUUAUGAGCAUUAUUUCAUGUGUUCCUCACAACUCUUUAAAGAAUCAGUAUCUCCAUUUUACAGAAGAGGAAACCAAGGCACAGAGAGGCUAAGUCAUUUUUCCAAGGUCGUACAGCUCCUAAGAGCUGUGCCAAAUGGAAACCAAAGCAAUCUGUCUCCAGAGCCCAAGGUCUUGACUAGUCUGUGAUAUCAUCUCAUAGUAAAAAAAAGCUUUAAUUCCAUUUCAUGGGUUUUGCAGUGUUAGCCCUGCAUUGUCUAGUUAUGUCUCCUUACUCCGUAGCUGGGAACUCAAACCCCACAGAUGUGACUGGAUUUAUCUAUGAAUCCAUAGCCAGUUAAUGUUUGUGCCCAAACUGGAACAUCCGGCUCCUGAACCACACAGUCCACGUGCACGUUGACUCCAGGUGACCCAUGAACCUUUGCCCUCCUCCCUGAGCUGUGCUGUGCGGUAGACCUCAGGACCAAAUGCAGAUUAAAUUGAGGUCUCUCACAGCUUUCUUCCAAGCAUGUAUACAGAAUUUCAGUUUGAAUUCAGGGAUGUAUGGGCAUCUAGUGAUGAUGUGUAUAGCUGGCUCUUAAUUUAUCCUGCAGAGCUAGGGCUAUAAAGCUGAAAGGUGUGGCCCAGCAAUGGUUCCAACUUUCUACCCUUGUCAAACACUUUUCACUGAGAUUUGCUGACAAGCAGUAAGAUUGAUUGCUUUGAGCUUUUAAUGCUGUUGCUUUCCCCAACCUGGGCUCUUGAGAACAUGCCAAGCAUUGUUGUAACUUUAAAGUAAGCCAAAAGUCAGCCAGCCAUCUGUGCGUAAACAUUCCUUUGUAUAUGAGGCUGCCCUGUCCCAGCGGUCUGCAAGAGAAUGAGACUCCGGAGUUGGAUGGCCAGCUGCAGUGGGGUUGAGAAUUAAAGAAGGAACAGGUAGAACGUCAUGACAUGAACACCCUAAGUCUGCCUUUGAACAUACGCCGAGGCGGGUCAGACACCAACCUCAACUUUGAUGUACCAGAUGGCAUCCUGGACUUCCACAAGGUCAAACUUAGUGCAGACAGCCUGAAACAGAAAAUUCUAAAGGUAACAGAGCAGAUAAAAAUCGAGCAAACGUCCCGCGAUGGGAAUGUUGCAGAGUAUCUGAAACUGGUCAACAGUGCGGACAAGCAGCAGGCUGGCCGUAUCAAGCAAGUCUUUGAGAAGAAGAAUCAGAAAUCAGCUCACUCCAUUGCCCAGCUGCAGAAGAAGUUAGAACAGUAUCAUAGGAAGCUCAGGGAGAUAGAACAGAACGGGGCCUCCCGAAGCUCGAAGGACAUCCCCAAAGACAGCCUGAAGGACAUCCAGCCCUCUCUGAAAGAUGCCCAGGCGAAGUCUCGGACGGCCCCCCACAGCAUGGAGAGCAGUAAGUCGGGCAUGCCCGGGGUCUCCCUCACGCCGCCAGUGUUCGUCUUCAGUAAGUCCAGGGAGUUUGCCAAUUUGAUCCGGAAUAAGUUUGGCAGUGCCGACAAUAUUGCCCACUUAAAAAAUUCCUUAGAGGAGUUUAGGCCCGAGGCAAGUCCCAGGGCCUACGGGGGCAGCGCCACCGUUGUGAACAAACCUAAGUACGGCAGCGACGACGAGUGUUCGAGCGGCACGUCGGGCUCCGCCGACAGCAGCGGGAACCAGUCCUCGGGGGCGGGCGGAGCCGGCCUGCCCUACGGCCGGGGGAAGCUCGCCAUGAUUCUGGAGGAGCUGAGGGAGAUCAAGGACACCCAGGCCCGGCUGGCCGAGGACAUCGAGGCGCUGAAGGUGCAGUUUAAGAGAGAAUAUGGUUUUAUUUCUCAGACCCUGCAAGAGGAGAGAUACAGGUACGAGAGAUUGGAAGACCAGCUCCACGAUCUGACGGACCUGCACCAGCAUGAGACGGCCAACCUGAAGCAGGAGCUGGCCAGCAUCGAGGAGAAAGUGGCCUACCAGGCCUAUGAGCGUGCGCGGGACAUCCAGGAAGCCUUGGAAUCCUGCCAGACUCGCAUUUCUAAGCUGGAGCUCCACCAGCAAGAGCAGCAGGCUCUGCAGACGGAUGCUGUGAAUGCCAAAGUCCUCCUGGGGAAGUGCAUAAACGUGAUCCUGGCCUUCAUGACUGUGGUCUUAGUGUGCGUGUCCACCAUCGCCAAGUUUGUCUCGCCCGUGAUGAAGAGCCGCUUCCACCUUCUCGGCACCUUCUUUGCUGUGACUCUUCUUGCAAUAUUUUGUAAAAACUGGGACCAUAUUCUGUGUGCCAUAGAAAGGGUCAUCAUACCAGGAUGAAGCCUCUGGUUCCUGUCUUCAAGUUCUUUCACGUUUUCAUUUUAAAGAAAACUUUGCGCAUACUACCAAAUUUUGAAAUGGACAGUUUUGCUGACUAAAGGUGACAGGGCGGCCUGGGGCUGUGCACUGUAAAUAACCACGGGACUCUUACCCUGGUCACAGUUGCCAGCUCAGUCCCUGUACUUGGAUAACAUAAAUCUGUUUCAGAGCUGUCCCCUUGCUGCUCACUGCCUUAAUCAGACCAGAGCUCCUGCCCACCUGACAUGCCAAGCAUGGUAAACCUCUAGUUAUUGAGCACUUGGCAUAAUUAGUAAUCCAGAAGAAAUGAGAUUUUAAGUCUCUGUUAGGUCUCUCUCAAAAGUGAGCUUCAUUGUCACUAGCAGUUGUGUUUCCAAGUCCUGUGUGCAGCAAGGAUGUGCCUCGACUUUGGGAAGGAAGGAAGCCCAGGUGUUGGCCUUGCUGAGCACUCAUGGCCUGUGGAAGGACAGUAAAUCCCACGUAAUCCACCCGCUUGUCCACAGACGACCGUAGGUCCUGUAUGUAUUCAGUGUCCACAGUGAUCAAUUGUGUGUGACCCUCCAUAACAUGGAAACCUUACAACACACCUGUUUAUCUAUCAAAAGCCUAACUUAUAUGUUCUGUUGCACUUUAAAUGGUAAGACACGAGGAUUUUUGAACCUGAUUUUUGCCACCUUAUACCCAGGGACCUGCACACUUGAUUUCAUCUUAAGUGGCUAUGAGUGCCCUGCCUUCAAAGCAUGUAGAAAUGCUUCUAAAUCCCUCAUCAACUAUGGCUUUACCAUUAGUUUGAGGGCCUAUAAGCACCUCUCUGGAGGUUUGUGUUUGGGCAAAACUGAAUUGUGAUAAAGCCCCUUUGAAGAUGGGGUUCACUUUGUUUCCUGGUCUGUGCGGGAUUGCAGAGCACUUGGCAAAUGAAAACAAAUGAUGCUCCUGUUGCUGGUUUUUUUCUUUUUUUUUCAUGGACAACAAAGUCAUAGUUUAUAAAACUGAAGUGCAUGAGGUAGGAGCCCUGGAGGCAGAGGCGGCUGUGACGGGAUCUCACUGAAGGCCACUGCAUCACUGGGAGCACUUCACCCGGAUGAGGACUGACAGCAUCCUCUUAGGACCCUGAAAGAUCUGCAG